GCUUGGCGUGUAGUUGAAGUAACAAUAGACUUCCGGACCAAACGAAUCUUGCAAUGAACGCUCUGAAAGUUUUGAGCCUUUUGGGCUGCCUGGCCCUGUGCCUGGCCACGCCCACAUCGAACAAACGCAUGGACAAUUCGGUCAGCCAGGCGCUGAAGCCAUCCCAAUGGCUUUCAGUGCAGGAAUUGGAGGGAAUCCCAUCCAUCGAUGAGCUGACCCUGGAGCGUUUGGAGAGCAUGCCGUUGGACAAGGGUGCCGAAUUGUUGCAGCAGCUGUAUCAUCUGUCCCAAAUCAAUCAUGACUUGGAGCCUAGCUUUGUGCCCAGCCAGAUUCCCGUGUACAUUCCCCGCCCCAACGGUGAGAAGAUCAGCACCACUCUGACUGAGGUGAUCUCCAACCUGAAGCAGAACACCAACUUCGGCCAGGAUGAGGUCACCAUUGUGCUCACUGGCCUGCCCCAGACCAGCCGCACCGUGCAGAAGGCCACCCGCAAGCUCGUACAGGCCUACAUGCAGCGCUACAACCUGAAGCAGCAGCAGGAACAGGGACAGAAAUACGGCAACGACUACGACGAUAAGGAGCAGCGCACAUCCAGCGAGGAGGACUACAGUGAACUGGCCAAGAAUGCCAAGACCAACACUGGUGAUAUGAUCAUCAUCGACUUGGGCUCCACUCUGACCAACUUCAAGCGCUACGCUAUGCUGGACAUUGAGCAGACCGGUGCCAAGAUUGGCCAAUGGAUUGUCCAAAUGGUCAACCAAUUGGAUGUUCCCCACGAGACCGUUCACAUUGUUGCCCAGGGUGUGAGCGCCCAUGUUGCUGGUGCCGCCGCCAAUGAGUUCACCCGCCUGACCGGUCACAAGCUGCGUCGCAUCACCGCUCUGGACCCCUCCAAGAUUGUCGCCAAGCGCCGCAACACCCUCGUCGGUCUGUCCCGUGGCGAUGCCGAAUUCGUUGAUGCCAUCCACACCUCUGUCUAUGGCAUGGGCACUCCCAUUCGCACCGGCAAUGUUGACUUCUAUCCCAAUGGCCCUGCUAAUGGUGUUCCCGGUGCUGACAACGUUGUUGAGGCCUCCAUGCGCGCCACCCGCUACUUCGCCGAAUCCGUUCGUCCUGGCAAUGAGCGCAACUUCCCCGCCGUCCCAGCCAACUCGCUGAAACAGUACAAGCAGAACGAUGGCUUCGGCAAGCGCGCCUACAUGGGCAUCGAUGCCGCCUACGACAUCGAGGGCGACUACAUCCUCCAGGUGAACCCCAAGAGCCCCUUCGGCCGCAACGCACCCGCCCAGCGUCAGAACAACUUCCAUGGCGUGCACACUGAAUGGAACAAGGACUUCUAAGUGGCUAAAAAAACAAACCACCAGAAUUAGCCCAAUGGACAUGGAUGCUUUUUGAAAACACUGUAGAGCUAAGAACUGAAAAUUGGCAUUUGCACAAAACAUGAUAACUAUUCGAAAUUCCAAUUUAAAUAAACGCAGAGAUUCGUCCUCUUACGGGAAGACCAAAAUA